AUGGUGCUGGUAGCGGCCUGCGUCCUGGGGGCAACCCUGGCCGGUCCUGUGGCAGCCCCCGGAGGGACCAGCUACAGUGUCAGUAGCUCUGGAUAUGGUGGCUACGGCGGAUAUGGUGGUUAUAGCAGCGGUUAUGGCCGAUUUGGUGGAUACGGUGGCUUGGGCAGAUAUCGAGGGGGAUAUGGCAGCAGUUUUGGUGGAUAUGGAGGUCCAUAUGGACGAUUAGGUGGACAUGGUGGCUACGGCGGAUAUGGGUAUGCAGGAGGAUACGGUGGUGGAUACGGAUAUGGACGUGGAUACGGCCACUGA